AAAAAAAAAUAAAAAGAAAAGAAAAUGAAUGGGUCCACGUAGAAAUGCAAUAAAUACUUUAGAUUAUACAACGCUUCGAUCCUCUCCGCUAUUUAUUUCUAGUCCGGUUGAAUUCCUUUUGUCGCCGAGGAGGAUCGUCUUGAAGAUGCAGCAGGGCGAAGGAUCGGAGACCCAGGUCACAUGGGAAGAUCAGCAGAACAUCAACAAGUUCGGGAGGUUGAACAACCGGUACCAUGAGCUCGAGGAAGAGAUCAAGGUCGCCAAGGAAGCAAAUGAAAACUUGGAGGAUGCCAGCAACGAGAUGAUCUUAUCUGAUGAAGAUGUUUUGAGGUUCCAAAUAGGGGAGGUGUUUGCUCACGUGCCUUCCGAAGAAGUUGAAAGCAGACUGGAGAAAAUGAAAGAGGAUGCUGCUAAGGAGCUCCAAAGGCUGGAGGAAGAAAAGGAGUCUGUUCUUGCGCAGAUGGCUGAAUUGAAGAAAAUCUUGUAUGGGAAGUUCAAGGACUCCAUAAAUUUGGAGGAAGAUUAGUGGGAGAUUUAGUUUGAUGCAUUUUGGCUGUCUCUCUGCCCCUUGUGUGCACUCUUUGAUGCGUUGAAGUAACUGUUCUUUUAUUUCAGCUCUGUGAGAUGAUGUGGAAGAAACCCAAUUAGGCACAUUUAGAACGUAUUUUGGAUCAAAUUUGACUAUAUAUCCUGAAUCUAAAUUUCCUGUAUUCUGAAUCUUUUGAUGCAAAUUUUUUUGUAGCAUCUGAAAACUA